AUGAAAUAUAAUCUACUUUUUGGAGGGAUUGCAGAAAAGGAAGAUGAUGUGUGUGAGGAGACAGUGAAGGAGUUUAUAAACACAGAGAUGAAAGUCGAGAAUGCCAAGAAUAUAACAUUCGUGAAUGACCAUGGGAUUGAAAAGAAAAAUGACCCAAAACGGAGAGGAAGACCUAGUUCGAUUGUGGCAAAGAAAGGCAGAAAGGAAGAAAAAGUCCAAAGUUGUGUUGAAAAAAGUAUAUGGAUAGUUGGUUCAUCCAUUAUCAAGCGGGCAUUCCAACGAGCAAGCCUCUCAACUGAAAAAUCACAUCUGGGACUUAGACGUCUAAAUUAUCACAUCCUUUGGCAGGGCAAGGGUGGUCUAACUUGGAAAAAAUUGUUCCCUCGCAUUCAGUUACUAAGGAGGUAUGAAUCAUUGCCUGAAAUUUUAAUAAUUCACUGUGGGGGUAAUGAUAUUGGUAAUGUGCUUUUACUCGAACUUCGAUUGAGGAUGAAAGAAACAUUUCAAAGGAUUUGGUCUGAGUUUCCAAACACCCUCCUUGGUUGGUCUCAUAUUCUUCCAAGAUUUUCAUGGCAUUACAGUAAAAAUGUUAAAUCUCAAAAUAUUGCAGUCAAAAGAAUUAACAGUUUUAUGAGCAAACUGUUCGUUGUGAACAAUGGUUUCUAUAUCAGCUAUCCCGAGAUAUCUUGGGAUUCUAGCGGAUUGUUUGUUAACGAUGGAGUUCAUCUAUCUGAACUUGGCAAUGACUUACUAUUAUACAAUUUUCAAAGUAAGCUGCAACAAGUCUGCUCUUUCAAUGGCGAACGUAGGACACGGUCGAUGUAA